AUGGGCUUUCUACUUCCCAAGGCCGGGGUCCAGAGGCCCAUAAUCGCCUUUGUAUUCAUUCUCAUCUUUAUUAUGAGCUUUCAACAGCUCUCUCAAUCAUUAUCGGGGGUGAAGCUGAUGCUUUCAUGCUGGAAACAGCAACUCAAGGGAUGGCCAGGAUAUCCGCCAGGGCAUUCACUACCCCAGGCUGUGCCCCAAGCUAUCUCACCAGAAGAAACUCAGCUCGGCCCAGAAGAUAUAGUGAUCCUAACCAACUUCACAACUGGGACACCCAAACCACCGGGUUCAAGCUACACAAGAACGCUCGUUAUGCCUCGAUUAGCAAAGGACAAUGUCGACUGGAUCGACGACAGCCUUGGGGAUAUUAAGACAGAGAUAUACGUCGUUGACGACCCAAACUCUGUCCCUCGGACUCCCAUGAACAAAGGUCGUGAGGCCAUGGCAUAUCUAACCUACCUUAUUGACAACUACGACAACCUUCCAGACAUUAUAAUAUUCAUGCACUCCCAUAGAACCGCAUGGCAUAAUGAAGAACCGCUGAGCCAUGACUCCAAAGAGAUGAUAAAACGUCUUAGCAACGAACGAGUCACCAGAGACGGCUUCAUGAACUUGCGAUGUAACUGGGCACCCGGCUGCCCCGAUUGGCUGCACCCACAAUCCAUGGAAGAAGACAAGGAAAAGCCGGAACAACCCAUCGUCGCCAACGGCUGGCGAGACAUCUUCCCUUCGGUACCAGUGCCUGAGGUCCUCGCCGGCCAAUGCUGCGCCCAGUUUGCACUUUCCCGUGAAAGAGCGCUAGCUGUUCCCCGCACACAUUUCAUCUACUACCGUGACUGGCUCCUCCGCACCACACUAACGGACUUCCUCUCCGGCCGAGUCUGGGAGUAUCUCUGGCACGUCAUAUUUACGGGUCAAAACGUCUAUUGUCCUGCCGAACAAGCUUGCUUCUGUGAUGGAUACGGUCUCUGUUUCGAAGAGGAUCAGCAAUAUUUUGAAUUUAUGCAGCUGGGUUCCGCUCUCUUCAAUCUGAGGCAGAAGCUGAAGAGCUGGCAUAGAAAAGAUGCUGAGUUUAAGAAGGCGAAAAAAGAGCGAAAUUUCGCUGCGUUGGUUAAGAUGGAGGCCCCUCAGCAAAGUAAGAGGGAGGAACUAGAGCAGCAACUUCUCCAAAAGUCUUCUGUGUAUGCGCAGCUGAGAGACGCGGCCUUUGAAAGAGGACAGGAUCCUCGAGUACGAGCCAGAGUUGCUGGUCGACCAUGGGCUGAGGGUGAUGGUUUUUGA